AUGUCAGAGGAUAUUCGAUCAGUUCAAAUGUCAAUUAUCGAUGAUAAAAUAUUUCAAUGUGCUCAAUCAACUUGUUUACCAUUUGAGAAUCUUACAAUAUCAAACAUUCGUUAUUGUGAAAUAAAUUGUUUAAAUCGAAUUCAAUGUAUGGCAAUUACUUUCCAUAAAUCAAAUUUACAAUGUCAGUUAUUUGAUAAUUUAAUCAAUCAAAAUGCGAAUAUGUCAUACGAAAUGAAUGCUGUAACAAUGAUUUCCAUCUUUGGAACACGAUAUCCACCUGAUUUAACUUCAACUUCAACAGCUUCAACAUCCACCUCAACAUCAACAUCAACAACAUCAACAUCCACCUCAACAACAACAUCAAAAACAUCAACAACAUCAACAUCAACAUCGACAUCAACUACCGGUAUGUAA